AUGCCACAGGUGCGCAAGAAGUGCCCGCACAACCGCAACCAGUAUCACUGCAAAGAAUGCGGCGGUAAAGGCAGUUGCUCCCACACCAACAACAGAGCGCAGUGCAAAAUCUGCAAAGGUUCGCAGAUCUGCAAACACAAUCGCAUUCGCGGACAAUGCAAAGACUGCGGAGGCUCGAAGAUUUGCGCCCACGGGGUUGUUCGCAACAACUGCGGAAAAUGCGGUGGCACAUGCAUUUGCGAGCAUGGCAAACAGCGCGCUGUGUGCCGCGACUGUGGCGGAGCCUCCCUUUGCCAGCACGGCUUGGAGCGUGGCAAAUGUCGGUUGCGCGGCGGGCGAAGCUUCUGCAAGCAUCAGCGUUGGAAGAGUCUCUGCACUGAAUGCGGCGGAUCAGCAUUGUGUCACCACAAUCGCAGCAAGCAGAAUUGCGCCGACUGCAACGAAUUUGUUUGCAACAUGGAGGGCUGUCAUUUGACAGGGCACCGCUUCGCCGGAGCAACAGCGCUGCGCAAUCACAUGCGCGUCUUCCACGGUGACAACCCCAAGGCGCUGACGAGGCGCAAGGAGCUCGAAGUGCACCAGCUGCUGGGCCAAGCCGGGCUGCAGUUUGAGUACCAGCACCACCUGCCCUUCCGUGGCUGUGGUCUGGAGUCGGAGACGCAGCGCGCCUUUGCAGACUUCGUGCUGUACGCCUGCUGGGGCGCUGUCAUCCUAGAAGUGGACGAGAACCAGCACCGCGAGCGCGACGCUAGCUGUGAUGUGCGCCGCGACUUUGACAUGGCAGCGAGCGUGGCUCUGGGCAGCGCCCACAAGCUUGCGAUCGUGCGCUACAACCCCGACGCCUUCAAGCUGGUGGGACGCACGGUGCGCACGUCCAAGAAGGAGCGCCACGCCCGCCUCCUGCAGCUGUUGCACAGCCUGCUGCAGGAAGAGCCGGAGCGCCAGUUCCAGCGCCUUUUCCUGUACUACGACAGGGCGGCCGAGGACAGCGAGCUGCCCGCCGUGGCAGAGGACUGGGACGUGGUCGCUCGGGCGGUCGCCGCAAUUUUGACGCAGUACACGCCGCUGGAAACGACCACCGCCAACACCGCCAACAUAGGCGCGAACGCCGCAGCCCUUGCUGCCCUGCAGACGCAG